GCGGGGUUUUCGAGGCGAGUUCUAGUAAGUUCGAGAAGGUGCAUGGUCAGUCGGUGAGGCUCGCUGUUGGAGAUGGAUCUAGCGAAGGUGAAUGAACUUAAGGAGAAGGGUAAUCAAGCCCUCAGUGCUGGGAAGAUAGACGACGCCAUCAUAUGCUAUAGUGAAGCCAUCAAGCUAGACCCCAAGAACCAUGUACUUUACAGCAACAGAUCAGCUGCUUAUGCCAAAAAAGGGAAUUACCAAAAGGCCUACGACGAUGGCUGCAAAACAGUAGAAAUAAAACCAGAAUGGGGCAAGGGUUACUCUAGAAAGGCUGCAGCCUUGGAAUUCCUCAAUCGUUUUGAAGAAGCAAAGAAAACCUAUGAGGAGGGACUAAAGCAUGAACCAGGAAACCAACAGCUAAAAGAUGGCAUGCAAAACGUGGAUGCCAGGCUAGCAGAAAAUAAAUUCAUGAACCCAUUUGCUUCUCCAAACCUGUACCAAAAACUGGAGAGUGAUCCCAGGACAAAGGGAUUACUCAAUGACCCAAGUUACAAAGAAUUGAUUGAACAGUUGAAAAGUAAACCAGCUGACUUAGCCACGAAACUACAAGAUCCCAGAGUUAUGACGACUCUAAGUGUUUUGCUUGGAAUUGAUUUGCAAUCUACAGAGGACGAUGAAGACGAACCUACUGCUGCUCCACCACCUCGUCAGCCCAAAAAAGCAACUAAACCAGAGCCUAUGGAAGAGGAUCUUCCUGAAAAUAAGAAAAAGGCAUUUAAAGAGAAAGAAUUGGGCAAUGAAGCCUAUAAAAAGAAGGACUUUGCAGCAGCAAUAAAACAUUAUGAUCAGGCAGCAGAACAUGAUCCUACAAGUAUGACAUAUUUAAGCAACAAAUCAGCUGUGUACUUUGAGCAGGAUGAAUUUGACAAAUGCCGUGAAACCUGUGAAAAAGCUGUUGAAGUGGGAAGAGAAAACCGUGAAGAUUACAGACAAAUUGCAAAAGCAUAUGCACGAAUUGGCAACUCCUAUUUUAAGCAAGGGAAAUGUAAAGAAGCCGUUCAAUACUACAACAAAUCCCUCGCAGAGCAAAGAACUCCUGAGGUCAUAAAGAAAUGUCACCAAGCUGAGAAGAUCCUGAAGGAUGAGGAGAAGGCAGCGUACAUUAAUCCAGAACUUGCUCUGGAAGAGAAAAGCAAAGGCAAUGAAUUCUUCCAGGAUGGUGUUUACCCAGAGGCUAUGAAGCAUUACUCAGAAGCUAUUAAACGUAAUCCUGAUGAUGCUAAACUCUAUAGCAAUCGAGCUGCCUGUUAUACCAAGCUCUUAGAAUUCCAGCUAGCUCUAAAGGAUUGUGAGGACUGCAUCCGCCUCGAACCCACAUUCAUCAAGGGCUACACAAGGAAAGGUGCAGCCCUGGAGGCCUUGAAGGAUUUCUCUAAAGCCGUGGAUGUUUACCAGAAAGCACUUGAACUGGAUUCUAACUCCAAGGAAGCUUCCGAAGGUUACCAGCGAUGCCUUAUGACACAGUACAACCGAAAUGAUACUCCAGAGGAAGUAAAACGACGUGCUAUGGGUGACCCAGAGGUGCAGCAGAUCAUGAGUGACCCUGCAAUGAGACUGAUCUUGGAGCAAAUGCAGAAAGACCCACAGGCAUUAAGCGACCAUUUGAAGAAUCCUGUUAUAGCCCAGAAGAUUCAAAAACUCAUUGAUGUCGGUCUCAUUGCAAUCCGGUGAUGACUAUCUAGAUUUUGCCAAGACGGUUCUUCAGGAACAUGGCCUCCAAGAAUUUUGGAGUUGAUGGUGGGGUGGGUAGGGGAAGACCAUGAUACAAAAAAAAACUAAACAGCCAAAACAAACUACAACAUCUCAUCUUGUAACAUCAAAUUAUUUAAUGAGAUCUGAUAUUUAGUGUUAUCUUGAUAUUAAAAAAAUGGCUUGUGCACUUGUAAUUUUAAUUCCUUUUCAUUUGUAAGGUGACUGUGAAAUGCGCAUCUCUGCUGUCAACUUGCAGAGAUGUUGGUUUUCAGAGGUUUUGCAGUUUCUCGCAUGCAGAGAGUUGCAAUAAAGCAUUGUAUCUGACCAUA